GUAAAAAAUUCAAAAAUGAGGUAGAAACGAUUUGUGAAACUGUAAAAUAUCAAAGACAGCAAGCUUGCGAACUUAGUAUACAACGAAAAAAACGUCAAAUAUGUCAACGAAGAAAAUUUUUUUUGAAUGACGCGUACUUUUCGAUAUAUUGAAAAGCGAAUUAAUAUCAAUCGGAAUAAUAGAAAAAAAUUCGUAACUACUCCCACAAAGUGCUACUAAAAUUAAUACGAUUGCUGUCAAAUGGCUGAAGCGGUCACGGAUGAACGAGAUGGAACGCCAGCGCAUUUCUAUUGUCAUAUGUGUGUUGCGGAAAUAGGUGCGCCGAAUAUAGAUUUCACAUGUCCUUUGUGCGCUGGAGGUUUUAUCGAAGAACGACUACCUCCUAUUCCUAAUAUCUCAAUUAAUGUCGCUGGGGAUGGCUCUAUUGAGCAAUCAAUAUCAUUCGAUAUGGAUGCAUUACUAAAAGAAUUGGCCGCAUCAUUUGGUUCGGACGGCGAAGCCAAUUUGGAAAUAUCCAUUGAUACGGGCAACGGUCGGGCCGAUACUGUAAAUAAUUUAGUUACUGUAACGGGUAAUUUUGAUAAUGAUGUAAGUGAUAGAGGGCGAGUACGUCCGACCUUACGUUUUGAUGUCGAAGUGCAAGCAACUGGCGGACAGCAAAUGGUUUCUAUGGAUAAUUUGAGUGAUAAUGCUUUGGGUCGCGAAGGUCUAGACGCCAUUGUUAUGCAAUUUUUGAAUCUAAUGGAAUUUUCGGGGCCACCUCCCUUGCCUCGCCACAAAAUUGAUGAAAUACCUAAAAUUGGAAUAACUGAAGAUGUGGUAAAUGAAAAGCAACAAUGCUCAGUAUGCUGGGAAUAUUUUAAAUUAGAAGAGACGGUGCGUAGAUUGUCAUGUUUUCAUUUGUAUCAUGAAGAUUGCAUUGUUCCAUGGUUAGUCUUGCAUGGAACUUGUCCAAUAUGUCGUAAAUCGCUGAUCGAUGGUGACAAGAAGGACGCCGUUAAUGCGGACUAACGCGAACACACUGGCACUAAUACCUUUCCCAUGCAGGCCGUACCACGUGAAACUGAAACAACUGAUAUCGCUAAUGAGAUGACAUUGGAAGUUGCGAAUACAACAGCAAUUAAUAACACGAGCAUCGAAGACGGUGGCAACAGAGCAUCAUCUGAUCAGCGAUCAUGUCUUUUCAUGUGUGUAUUUGAAGAAAUGGAUUUUUUCGAUAACGAUUCGGAUUAAAUACAUAUCUCUUUCUGAAAUGGAUAAGAACAGCUCAGCUCAAGUUCUUAAGCUAUGCGGUAACAUUGCAUUUAUCAUAAAUUCGGACAAAAUUUAAAAAUUUUUAAAAUGGAUUUCGUGUACAAUUUCUAACACAAAAAAAGAAAGGAUAAAACAAAUAAAAAAUUUUGCACUUCAUGUAUGAUUUUAAGCUACAAUAAAUAACUGCUUCUUACAACUUUAUCUCAUAGGUGUUUUUAUUUUUCAGUUAGUCCGUAAAAAGAGUGCUGCCAAACGUCAAAUAUUAAGGUGACCAGAAAGAGCUCUUUUUGCACGGAAAGCGGGUAGAUUUUUACUCGUCAAUUCCUUUCGAAACUCAGCUCAACUCGAGAGAAGCUUUCGUAACACAAGGCAGAUAUAUCAAUACACUGAAUUAUUUUACUUAAAUUUGAAAUGUGAUGAUGUUACGCGGAUAUUUUAAUGUUUCGUUUUCCCGUCCUAUUAUAAUGCAAAAAAUUUUUGAGUUCAUAUUUAGCCCGAGUUCGUUAAGAGAUAAAAAAAACUGACAUACUUCGAAGUCAUUAAGAUUAGAUGUAAAAAAAUUUGUACCUCAGGUUGAAUGAAUAUUCAGUAUGCAUCUUAUUGAUAUUUUCGGAAUAUACUUAAAAUACAGCCACAUAUAAAACAAGUGAGUAAAUUAUAUUCGGCAGGUAUCAAAUCUUGUGUAUCCACCCCCAUCCAUAUUAAAGUACUAACCUUUAUCAACGUUAUCAAGUUAUUAUUAAGGAGUCCUUUGAUCGAUUUGGUAUUCAUUUUCAAUAUCGACCUCAGUGCGGUAGAGAUUACUUUGUCGUAGCUAUAGUCAACGCUCAGUCGGUGAAGGCGGAACACAUGUCGACUGGGCUGACAUUCAUGAGUCGGCACCUACCACCUUCGUAUUUCUUUCUUUUUCUUUCGCUUCCGUCAUGUCUUUCGGUCCGUCACUGCGCUACGCGAAUAGGGGACACCUUCCCGAGUGAUUGAUCAUAUAAAAAAAAACUUUUUUUUUUGAAUUUUAUAUGCAGAAGAAUGCUAACAGCACACUACACACAGACGGACAUAUAGAUACACGGAUACGAAGAGGGGCGGACAUGGCUAUAUUGCCUACGGAAAGCUUCCUUUCAGGCAUUGCAAACAUUAUGGUAAGUUAAGUAUGCCCCCCUCAUUCAGGAAUUAAGAUAAAAAUUGUUUAAGUUUGCGAUAAUGAAAAUUUGAAUGUGUAGCGCGCAUAUAGCUUCUCUGUUACGUCUUUGUGGAAUGUUUGUAAAUGUUACCAAUGGUCCAGGAAAUUACAGUUGAUGUUAUAAGUUCAAAUGAAAUGCAAACCAAAGCCGAUUUCAAAACACUAACUUAGCUAAGAUUCUUUUAAAUAUUUAUACUCACAAUUAUACAAUACGUUAUGCUGGUUUCGCUCUUUAACGAAGUAAAACUGUAUUGGUAUUGGACACUUUCAAGAGAUUGUGAUCAUAAGAAUUCAUAGAAAACAUGCAUAAUUACAGAAUAUCUUUACUAAUAACAUGGACAUGGAAAUUGUUAAUAGUCCGUAGAUAAUUAAAACACA